UGGUAUUUUAUUUUAUUUUUUAAACCAAGUUCUGAAGCAAAGUGACUGUAGCAGCACAGAGGUACCGGGGGGAGCUUGGCGUUCUGUGGCAGGUCUGGGAGAUGCUGCAGGGAGCAUCGGCGGGGACACCUGGUCACGCACGUUCAGGGCGAUGGACCGGCUGGAGGAGGGGCUGCAGGCACCGGCUGACACGGCAAUGGGCCAUUAUGACGUGUCACAGAAUGUGAUGCAACAGAAGAACCCCAGGCGCUUCAAGGUCUGCUUACUCACAGUUUCCCCCUUGAAGGAGAAACACCGGAGAAGUUAGUAGACAAAAAACCCACUGGCGAUCACAUCAUGUUUUCCACGGAAUAGAAAAGAGGAAGCCAACGGUAUUCUUCUGUCCACCAGCCGUCCGUUACUCAGUGUGGAGGGAUGCGUGCCAGGCGCAAGUCCAGAAGGGGUGCAAGGCUUUUUCGGGGUGGUUCGGAGGAAGCCACCAGCAGCGCGAGCAGGGAUGCGGUGCACUUGGAGCACGAAAACCCUGGCUCCAACGGGUUACCUCGAUCGUGGAAGACUGUCAUGACUACGGUGCUCAUAUUGACUCUUCUUUUUCUGGGAUUUCGAAAUCACAGGCGGCUUCAAGAAAAAGAGUCUCCUCCGAAAUCCAGACGAUUUUACGCCGGGAUUGCGGAAUACGGCUCGAGGCUUUACAAGUACCAGGCCAGACUUCGAAUGCCCAAAGAGAAACUGGAGCUUCUCAAGAAGGAAAGCCAGAUGCUGGAGAACAACUUCCGUGAGAGUCUAUUUUUAACCGAACAAAUAGACGCUCUGAAGGCAUUGCUUAGAGAGACGCUGGCCUGUCUGCGCAAUCACAGCUGGGACGCUGAGGGAGAGCCCCCCGGAGUCCAGGACCGCUUGGAGGUCGCCAACGAGGAACUGUCAUACCUGGUCGAUUAUGUCCUUAAAAAGCUGCGAGAAGACCAGGUCCCGAUGGCCGACUACGCCCUCAAGUCAGCAGGAGCCUCCGUCAUUGAAGCCGGGACCUCAGAAAGUUAUAAAAACAGUAAAGCAAAACUGUACUGGCACGGGAUUGGGUUCUUGAACUAUGAGAUGCCUCCAGACGUGAUUCUACAGCCGGACGUUCACCCUGGAAAGUGCUGGGCCUUUCCAGGUUCCCAGGGCCACGCCCUCAUCAAGCUCGCCCGGAAGAUCAUGCCGACCGCGGUCACCAUGGAGCACAUCUCAGAGAAGGUGUCCCCCUCGGGGAACACCUCCAGCGCACCCAAGGAAUUCUCCGUCUAUGGCAUCAUGAAACAAUGUGAAGGAGAAGAAGUUUUCCUCGGUCAGUUUCUGUACAGCAGAACAGGAGGCACCGUCCAAACAUUUGAGCUCCAGCACAAAGUUUCCGAAUUCUUCUUAUGUGUGAAACUUAAAAUCCUCAGCAACUGGGGACACGUGAAGUAUACCUGUUUGUACAGAUUCAGGGUUCACGGUACCCCGAGAGAUCACACCUAGGAGAACUGGUGUGGAAGGUCGUGACCGGAGAGUAUUCAAGUAUCCCGAUUCCUCAGACUGCACCACACCCGUGGGAACCAAAACUCAGGAGUGGAAGAGAAACCGCAAAGUGGUUCCUACCUGCCUGUAAAAAAAUGAAUACAUUUUACUAAUAAAAAAUAAGAAAGUAAA